AUGGAAGUCGCAAUUAUUGGCUCCGGCGUCAUCGGCUUGUUGUCUGCUCUCACUCUCACCGAUUCGGGAUACAAAGUGACCAUUGUUGCCCGGGAUGUGUUAGGUGAUGAUAAUCAAGACUGGGCGAGUCCUUGGGCUGGUGCGGCGAUUUUCCCCCAUCCCGAUGUCAAAGGCCGGGAUCUGCAGGUGGAGACGUUCAAAUAUUUCUGGGCGCUGGCGCACAGGGAUCCUACAAGUGGUGUACAGGUAUUAAAAGCAAACGAAUACUACGAUGACCGAGACGACGACUCCACCAUCUGGUACAAGACCCUUGUUCCUCGGUAUCGGCGAUUCUCCACAGAAGAGCUGCCCAAGGGCGCAAAGAUGGGCUUUGAAUUCCUCUCCAUGACGGUCAACCCAGUAUACUAUCUCCCCUGGGUGAAAAAGGAGCUCGACCGUCGCGGCGUGCGAUUUAUCAAGAAAGAGGUUGAGUCCAUCGAGGCCGCGAGACAAAUCACCGGCUGUAAGGUUGUCGUCAAUGCCUCAGGACUUGGUGCUUUCGAGCUUGCUGGUGAUAAGGAUGUGAUCCCCGUUCGUGGCCAGACGAUGUUUAUCGACACGGAUAUCGAUUUCCUUACGAUGUGGCAGGGCUCGCACUACACUUAUGUCAUUCCACGGAUGUACUCCGGUGGUGCGAUUGUUGGAGGUGUGAGUCAGUCGGGAAAUACGGAUCGGGCUGUUGAUGAGGAGCUGCGGCCGGAUAUUAUGCGUCGGGCGAAGAUGCUGCUCCAGGGAUCUGCUGAUGCAUUGGACCCGAAGAAGGUGAAGGAAGAUAUUGUUGCGUUCCGGCCUUACAGGAAAGGAGGGUAUCGUUUGGAAGCCGAGGGAGAUGUUGUACACGCAUACGGAUUUGGUAGCUUGGGAUAUACGUAUUGCUUUGGGGCUGCCGAGAAAGUCCGGGAUUUGGUCAAGUCCUUGGAUAAACCAUCCAGACCAAGCCGACUUUGA